CACAACCACGCUCAAAAUGUACACCCACAGCGAUUCUAGCUGAAGAAUAACCGUUUGAAGUAACUCAGCUGGUUUGCUGCACAGAGACACGCGGGGUUGGGACAUCACGGUCACCAGCAAUGAAACUAAAAGAGCUAGAGAGUUGCCUACAACAAGUGGAUGUAUUUGAAGAGCCGAAAAUUCUUCUUGAACAAUAUCCAACCAGCCCUCAUAUUGCUGCAUGCAUGCUUUAUACGAUCCAGAAUACGUUUGAUGACAUUGAGGGUAAACUAGUGGCUGAUCUGGGAUGUGGCUGUGGGGUCCUCAGCAUCGGGGCUGCAAUGCUUGAUGCAGGUUUGUGUGUAGGCUUCGACAUCGACAACGAUGCACUGGACAUAUUCAGAAGAAAUGCAGAGGAAUUUGAGAUCUCUACCGUGGAUCUGGUCCAGUGUGACCUGUGCUCUCUGGAGACAGAGUGUUAUGCCAAAAAGUUUGACACUGUUAUAAUGAAUCCACCAUUUGGGACGAAACACAAUCAAGGCAUGGACAUGAAGUUCCUACGGGCAGCUUUAACGAUGGCAAAGACGGCAGUGUAUUCACUACACAAAACAUCAACUCGAGAGCACAUACAAAAGAAGGCAAAGGACUGGGGAGUGAAGAUGGAAGUAGUAGCAGAACUAAGAUAUGACUUGCCAGCAUCUUACAAGUUCCACAAGAAGAAAUCGGUUGACAUCCAGGUGGACUUCCUACGAUUCUCCAACACCUGACACUUUCACUGGAAUGGAUUUAAACUGCCUCUGCAUUUUCACUGUUUAUAAUAAAUGUUUUUAAAAAAAGAAAAGACAUUCUGGGUGUGACCUUGUGACUAAGAUCCAUUUUCAGUUUUGGCAACCUUUGCAGCAGGACCAUCAGCAUCUUCUAGUUCCCUCUUUGGAGCUGCGGGUGCUAGAAGAAAAGCACAAAGGUUUUGAGAUUUGUGAUUGACACGAGGUUUGAACAAAGUCUUGAAAGUUUGGAAAAUGCUCAAUUUUAACCGUUAUGUUUUCAAGGUUAGGAAUAUGUGUGAUUUCAGAUGUACAUUGAAAAAUGCUGGGUUUUUUUUAACAUAAUCUGGCGCUGCAUCUACACAAUCACUCAGGUAAACCAAAAGUCUUUUGAUAUUAGAACUGGAACGGCCUGUUUGUUUGUUUGUUGUAUCCUGGCGUCAAAAUGAGCAAGCAUUAAAUAAUCAUGAUGAAAACAUACAAAUAGACACAGCUGAUAAAAUAAACAAAUUGACUAUAUACAUUGAUGUGGGCAUUAAGUAUUUCUGUAAACUUAUUUUUCACAAUUGCAUUUAUAGUAACAAUUCAGAUAUGAUAAAGGCUUCAAGAGUUUAAGAUGUUGGUUUAGGUACCUUGAAAGUGCUUGAAUUUUACUCUUAUAAGCUG